UGGCCUACGUUACUCUAGGUGCGAUUUACACUGGCAAGACAGUCAUUUUUGAUACAUUUGUUCCAUUAGCCAUAAACACCCUUUGUAUUCACUCUCAACGAUUCCCCGUGGACAAGUACGCCUUGACCUACAAGGUGGGUGCUUUGGCGAUUGGUGCCUGUGGGGCGAUUGACUGUGAGACGGGCUCCACCGUGACUGAGAUUCGACGCGAUGCCUACGGUUUCACUGUUCCUAUAGGUGUAACAUUUGUCGAGACGACUGGCGCCGAUAUUCUUUCCACCGUGGAAAGGUUAAGAAAACGAAAGCCGCGUGAUCUUCGUUGUCACAUAUGGAUUCAGAUUCAGUGUGUGAUUCUUCACAGAGUGCGACAGACGUCCACAGUGGGACGUCUGACACUCGUGGAUUUGUGUGGUCCCGGGCCCCUUCCUACACAGAAGGAGGAUGUGGCCAGUGCUCGGUUUGCGAACCGUUCUUUUGGACAUAUUGUCGCGGUGCUGGAAUCUCUCCAGGAUUCACAAGGUGUAGUGCAGUACAACAAAUCCCUGGAGACUGCUCUACUCUCUGAUGUCUUUGGUGGGAAUGCACUGACCGCCAUUUUUGGUACCCUUUCUUCUGCAGUGGAAAGCGUUAGCGAGAGCCGCCAGACGUUGCGGGCCCUGACGAUGGCGUCGAAGGUGGUGAACCGUCCCAUAUUGCCGCGCUUUGUCAGCAGCGACGAACUCCGGUGGCGGGAAGUAGUCGCUGCAACAAGUUCUGCAGAGGUGGCGUCGCCAUGUCUAUUGGAAGUAGAUGAAUUGCGAGACAUGUAG